GGGCAUCCCGCACAAGACAGUGUGUGCGUCUGCAUGUUUAAAUACCCACGCAACAGAGAGGGGGCCUGUAAAUCAGCCCCAUCCCCGGCCGCUGGGACAGUCCAGCUGAACAAUUAAAGCCGAGGCUCGGUGGUCUGGACUUUCACUUUGGAGGGGCUAACGAGAGCGCCGACUCGCCCAGCCUGCCCAGCAGAGAGCUGCCUUCUGAGCGGCCCGGAGGCGAUGGACUAUACCUACGAUGAGGACCUGGACGAGCUGUGUCCUGUCUGCGGGGACAAGGUCUCCGGGUACCACUACGGGCUGCUCACCUGUGAGAGCUGCAAGGGCUUUUUCAAGCGGACCGUGCAGAAUAACAAGCACUACACCUGCACCGAAAGCCAGAACUGCAAAAUCGACAAAACCCAGAGGAAGAGAUGUCCGUACUGUCGCUUUCAGAAGUGCUUGACGGUGGGAAUGAGACUAGAAGCUGUGCGUGCGGACCGGAUGCGAGGAGGAAGAAAUAAAUUCGGCCCCAUGUACAAGCGGGAUCGUGCCUUAAAACAGCAGAAGAAAGCUCUGAUACGCGCCAACGGCUUUAAGCUGGAGACUGUGCCUCAGAUCGUGUCGCCAGUGCAAACUGACUACAACCUGUCCUCCACCAUCCACGGCAUCCACUCAGUGUCCAAGAGCCUGCCUCCCAACCCGGCCACUAUGACGCCAGUCGACUAUGACAGAAGUCCGUACGGGACGCCGUCCUUGGGAAUGACUGUGCCUAGCCACGGGGCGCUGUCCAGCUACCAUUACCCCUCCUUUCCCAACCGCACCAUCAAGUCAGAGUACCCCGACCACUACACAAAUUCCCACGAGUCCGUGGCCAGCUACAUGUAUCCAGAUGCCUAUCCCAACAGCGCCCCACCCGACAUCCCUGAGGUCAUUCUCAAGCUGCUGCAGCUGGAGCCCGACGAGCCCCAGGUCAAGGCACGGAUACUGGCUUGUCUGCAACAGGAGCAGGGCAAAGGGCGGCAUGAGAAACUCAGCACCUUUGGCCUCAUGUGCAAGAUGGCAGACCAGACCCUCUUCUCCAUUGUGGAGUGGGCACGGAGCUGCAUCUUCUUUAAGGAGCUGGAGGUAGGUGAUCAGAUGAAACUGCUGCAGAACUGCUGGAGUGAGCUGCUGGUGUUUGACCAUAUCUACAGGCAGGUGCAGCACGCGAAGGAGCACAGCAUGCUGCUUGUGACGGGCCAGGAGGUGGAGAUGGUGACAAUCGCAGCUCAAGCAGGGUCCAGCCUGAAUAACCUGGUCCUGAGGGCACAAGAACUGGUCCUACACUUGCAUUCGCUCCAGGUGGAUCGACAAGAGUUUGUGUGUUUGAAGUUCCUGAUACUCUUCAGUCUCGAUGUGAAAUAUUUGGAAAACCACAGCCUGGUGAAGGAUGCUCAGGAGAAAGCCAACACAGCUCUGCUGGAGUACACCAUCUGCCACUACCCUCACUCCGCGGACAAGUUUCGUCAGCUCCUGCUGCGGCUGGCUGAGAUCCGCUCCCUCAGCAUGCAGGCCGAGGAGUACCUCUACCACAAGCACCUGAGCGGGGAGGUGCCUUGCAACAACCUGCUCAUUGAAAUGCUGCACGCCAAGCGGACUUGAGUGUGGCUCGUCCCGACAAGAGACUCGUAACAGAGCUUCUCAGAGACGUUCCCUGCUGGGAGCGUGCAGGAGAGGCAGAAGGAAGCUGGGGGGGCUGGCCUAGCAGCACUGCUGUCCAUCGCCGCCUCGCCCGGUGAUUAUAUUUAACCAGUACUAUUGGAAGGUUUCAGAUGAUUUAUUUUAAUAUACAGUAACUAUGGUUUAACAGCGCUAAGACGCAUAUGUUCCAUUCUGGGUGGACUGCCCUUCCGGGAGCAUAGCCUGGCCUACACUUGGCUUUCCCUUUCUACAUAGCAUCUAUUUGGCUUAACACAA